CAUAUUAUGACUUUUGCAAAGUGGAUGGAGUUUCAAAUCAAAUGUGUGCAAUCUGUGCAUGCAAUGUGAGAACGUGUAAUUGGCGGUGACCGUUCGCUCUCACCUAUAACGGAUAGCAUUUUGACACUACUAGAGCAGGAAGUGCACUCGAGCGAAGGGACUGGGAGUGGCUUGAACAGUCUAUCUACCUGACUCUGAGAGCUGGACUUUGACUGUCUGAGGAACUUAAAGGAAAUAAGGAAAAACAAGAGCACAACUUUGCAAGCAGAUGAGAUGAUUGUGUAAUGGUGUGUGGAUAUCUUUGAGGACGUUACUUGGACAUGGCGAGUGAUGCAAGCACCCUUUCCUGGAAGGUACCCACACAGGACUGGGAUGGGGGCAUCAAAAGCCCUGACCUGGGUCCUGUUGGAGAUGGCGGCCCUGUGAAGAUCAUCAAAGUGUGCUUCAGUAGCAGCAACAACCUCAGCAAAAACUUCAAACUGGUCAAAUGUGACAGUUCAUGGCAGAUCAAGACUAUCAUCCAGUCUAUUCUGAACAGUGGGCGUUUGGGCCCAAAUGUGCAGAACCCAGGCUGCUUUGGGCUGAGGCUCAAACACCUCAAAUCUGAGGAGCUCCACUGGCUUCACCCAAACCUGACUGUAGGAGAGGUUGAGCAACGCUACGAGAGCCAUCAUGCUGAGGCAGAGUGGAGAUAUGACCUUAGAAUUCGCUACAUUCCUGUUGAUUUCAUGAAGAGGUUAAAAGAAGACAGAACCUUCCUGUUGUAUUUCUAUCAACAGGUGCGCAGUGACUACAUGCAACAUCAUGCUAGCAAAGUUAGUGAUGGCAUGGCACUUCAGCUAGGCUGUUUAGAGAUCAGGAGAUUUUAUAAAGACAUGAAUGCCAAAGGUCUAGAGAAAAAGACAAAUUUUGACUUACUAGAAAAAGAUGUUGGUCUGGACCUGUUCUUUCCUAAGGGACUUAUUGACAGUAUGAAGCCUAAACAACUUCGGAAGCUCAUCCAGCAGACGUUUCAGCAGUAUGCUAUACUAAAAGAGGACGAGUGUAUGGUCAAGUUCUUCGAGACUUAUGGAGAAUUCUCCAACUUUGACGAGGAAAUAUUCCCUUGUGAGCUAGUGCAAGGCUGGAGUCUAGCAGUGGAUUUAGUCAUUGGUCCCAAAGGCAUUCGUCAACGCAUCAAAGCAGACUCCACGGCUGUCUGUCUUGCUGAAUUUAAACAGAUCCGAAGUAUCAAGUAUAAUGCACAAACUGAUGGCAGAACAUUGUUACUUAUUGAUAUUGAGGGUGCCAAACAGCCUCUCUCUGUCAGCGUGGCAUCUCUUGCCACUGCGGAGAACAUGGCUGAUCUGAUUGAUGGCUACUGUCGGCUGCUUAACCACACAGACUCAUCUUUGAUAGCUGGACCAAAUAAAAGUAAAUCUCAAGGAGUGCAGUUGCGCAACUCUCUUCCUGAAAUUCCUUCUGGGAAGCAGACAGAAAGCUUCAGAUACAGCAACUCUGAUAUAUACUGCGAAAUCCCAGAUGAAAAGCCGCCACCACCUGCAAAGGUGGGCCUGUACAGGAAAGAUAUUGUCCUGAAACGUAUGCUGGGUGAAGGGUUCUUUGGGGAGGUUCAUGAAGGAGUUUACCAGAAAAAGAAUGGGGAGAAGAUCAGUGUUGCGGUGAAGACCUGUAAGGAGUGUGCACCUGACGUCAGAGAGAAGUUUGUUGGUGAAGCAGUUAUCAUGAAGAAACUAGACCAUCCACACAUAGUGCGGCUGAUCGGUGUCAUUGAGGAAGACCCGGUAUGGAUCGUCAUGGAGCUGUGUCAGCACGGAGAGCUGGGGAAGUACUUGACAAAAAAUCAGCAGAGUUUGACCAGCGUGACUCUGGUUCUCUUCAGCCUACAGAUCUGCAAAGCGCUUGUUUAUCUACAGGGAAUAAGCAUGGUCCACCGAGACAUAGCUGUACGAAAUGUGCUUGUUGCCACCCCUGAUUCUGUGAAGCUGGGUGACUUCGGCCUUUCCAGAUACAUAGAGGAUGAAGAAUAUUACAAAGCAUCUGUUACUCGUUUACCAAUCAAAUGGAUGGCUCCUGAAUCCAUUAACUUCAGACGCUUUACUGCGGCCAGUGAUGUGUGGAUGUUUGCUGUGUGCAUGUGGGAGAUUUUGAGCCGAGGUCAACAGCCGUUCCACUGGCUGGACAAUCGUGAUGUGAUUAACCAGCUGGAACAGGGCAACAGACUGCCCAAACCUGAGCAGUGCCCUCCUGCCCUGUACUCACUCAUGACCCGCUGCUGGAGCUACGACCCCCGCGAGAGACCCACCUUCACUGAACUAGCCUGCAACAUCAGCGAUGUCCACCAAAUGGAGAAGGAGGCGGAGGUGGAGAGAGAGAGAGACAAAGUCCGUAACACCCGGUUCCUGGAGCCCAAGUUUAACAUUAGUGAACCUCCACCAAAGCCUUCCAGAGUCAAUACUGCCCGCUUCGGAAAUACCCUUGGAGUCGGCCUACAUCUUCAGCUUAAUGAGGCUUUAUGUGCCAGUUCCCCAGACCUGGCCAGCCCAUGUGAUUACCAGUCACCUGUAGACUCAACCAGCCUCCUGUCCGUUCCCAAGGCCUCACCCCGACGCCUCAGUCUUGGGGAGGCUGAGUUCAGUUUUGGGCCAUCCAGUAAGGAAGAUGCCCAGCGGCUGUGGCAGGUGGAGAAGGAUCGCAUGCAGGAUACUAUGAAGAUGCAGAAAGAGCAGAUGGAGGAGGACACAAAAUGGUUAAAGAAAGAGGAGAAGCUUCUGGACCCAAUGGUUCAUGAGGAGACAAAUAUUCCUGAGGCACCUGAACCGCCACUUAGUUAUGCUGAACUGCAUCAUCCUCCUUCAAAACCACCCAGAACUGCAAUGCAGCCUACUCCUACAGCAGAGCUGGACCGCUCAGAGGAUAAUGUGUACCAGUGUGUCAUGGACGUCGUGAAAGUGGUGGUGCAGCUGAAAAAUGACAUUAACACACUGCCAUCUACUGAAUAUAUCUCUCCUGUCAAGACUGUCGGACUCUCAUUAAGAAAUCUGAUCAACAGUGUGGAUGAUAUACUACCAACUCUGCAUGAUUCCUGUAGAACAGAGAUCGAAGGCACUCAGAAGUUGUUGAAUAAGGAUUUGGCUGAGCUCAUCAGUAAGAUGCGUCUGGCCCAGCAGAACGCCAUCACCUCUCUGAAGGAAGAGUGCAAGAAACAGAUGCUGACUGCGGCCCACAGUUUGGCCAUGGAUGCCAAGAACCUGUUAGAUGCUGUAGACCAGGCACGGGUGCGCUCGAACCUGGCCAGACCCAAACCUGAGGACGCAGACUAGAGGAGCAGCUUGGGACAUGCCGACUCACAGCUUGAGUACAGGACAGAUUGAACCACCUUGUUUGUAUUAACACAACACAAACAACAGUACGGGACAUGAAACAUCCAAUAAUUUUACUCCUGUCAUAUCAUGUUAAGUUCUCCAUGUAAACUUUUAUGAUUUAGAAAUUUUAGUUUGUUUUUAGAUUUUGUUUGGAGAAAACAUCUUGUAUAAAUGUUAAUAACAACUAGCUUGCUGAUCCGUCUACAUGACCCAACAUUCCUCUGGACAUAUUGUCUUAUUAAUUACAUUUUUAUGUAUUGUAGACCAAAACUAUAUAAGAGAAUCACAUAUAAGCAAAUAUGCCUUUAAUGUUUGCAAACAACAUUAAAAGAUGUUGUUACUGAUAUCUGUAUUAAAGGAGAUAUAUGUAGAAUUCAAAAA